AACACCAGCCACGUGACUCCCCUCUUUUUUUUUUUUUUUUUUUUCUUCCUGGGCUGAAAACCUGGGGAGGUUAUACGAAGUUAAACUGAAGACUGAAGCGAGAGCUGGGUCAGGUGGUCACUCUAGCAACCCUGGACUGCCACAACUAUGGCCUCCUCCUGCCCAGACUCAGAUAAUAGCUGGGUGCUUGCUGGCUCUGAGAACCUGCCUGUGGAGACUCUGGGCCCAGAACCCAGGAUGGACCUAGAAUCUGAGGGAGUCUCUCAGGUCCUUUUGGACCCCUCCAAGGCAGAUGGCGAGGAACUAACUGGGACCUUGGAUGGAGAAGGGAAGCUUUUCCAGACAGACGGUUCCCAGAAUGAAAGCGCUACGCUGCCUGAGGAGAUGAAGGGCACUCUGGGACAGGAUGGCCACGGGAUGGAGCCCCCUGGAGACACAGUUAUCCAGCAAGAUCUGCAAGAGACUCUCGUGGCGACAAGCCUGGGACCAGACACACAGGACCUGGAAAAUGAGAGUCCUCCCCAGAACCUGCCCUCAAGUCCCAAAGCAGCGUGGGAAGAGCGCCACUGCUCCAGCAGUGACGAUGACACUGAUGUGGAUGUGGAGGGUCUGCGGAGACGGAGGGGCCGGGAGCCCAGCCCCGCCCCGCCCACGAUGCCUGUGGGUGUGGAGGACCAGGCCAAGGGCGAGGGUGUAGGAGGCGAACUGGGCAUCUCCCUCAACAUGUACUUCCUGGGGACCCUGGUUCUCCUGGGCCUGGGGAUCCUCCUGUUCUCUGGUGCGUUGUUGGAGCCUGAGACUGGGUCCGUGGAAGAAGUAGAGUUGCAGGUCUUCCCAGAUACUGGGCCGGAGACUGAGUUGGUAGAUACUUUAGGGAACAGGCAGGAUGAGCGAGGGCAGCUGCAGGCCUCAGCACUACCAGACAGUAGCCCCAGCCUGCAGAGCAUGGGGCUUUUGCUGGACAAACUGGCCAAGGAGAACCAGGAUAUCCGGCUGCUGCAGGCCCAGCUGCAGGCUCAGAAAGAAGAGCUUCAGAGCCUGUUGCACCAGCCCCAAGGGCUGGAAGAGGAGAAUGCCCGGCUCCGGGAGGCCCUGCAGCAGGGCAAGACCUCCCACCAGGCCCUAGAGUCAGAACUACAGCAGCUAAGGGCCCGACUCCAAGGCCUAGAGGCUAACUGUGUCCGGGAUGUAGAUGGGGUGUGUCUCAACUGGGGUGGAGGCCCAGGUGACAAAGCCACCAAGGAUCAAGGCCACAAGGGGCAGGAGCCAGAUCCCAGUUUAGUAGAGCAGCAUAAGCGACUAGAGGCUGAAGCCCAGGCCCUAAGGCAGGAGUUGCGAAGGCAGUGGCAGCUGCUGGGCUCUGUGCACCGAGACUUGCAGAGGGGCUUGCAGAAUGCUGGCCAAGGAGCCCCCGCUCGUGCUGGCCUGGCUGAACUUGGUCACAUGUUGGCCCAGACAUUGCAGGGCCUGGAGAACUGGGGUCGUAACACUGGCAUUCCUGCCAAUGACUCAGAGGCCUGGUACCAGAAGCCCCACUUCCAGAAUUCCAAGGAGUGGAGCAGAAAGGAGAAGUGGCAUAGUGGGCCGAGGGACCACAAGGCUGAGCACUGGAGGCAGGGCAAGGAGGAGUCUGGCCAGAGUGAGCACUGGAGGCAGGGCAAGGAGGAGUCUGGCCAGAGGGAGCACUGGAGGCAGGGCAAGGAGGAGUCUGGCCAGAGGGAGCACUGGAGGCAGGGCAAGGAAGAGUCUGGCCAGAGGGAGCACUGGAGGCAGGGCAAGGAGGAGUCUGGCCAGAGUGAGCACUGGAGGCACAGGAAGGGGGAGUCUGGCCAGAGUGAGCACUGGAGGCAGGGCAAGGAAGAGUCUGGCCGGGAGAGGAAGAGGAGCUGGAAGGAUGGGAAUGGGGAACCAAUGGGGGUGUGGAAGGAGGACAAGCCAAGGGUAGAGGAAUUGGGGAACAGAAAGGAUGGCAAGCGACAGGACUCCAAGGCACACCCAAGGGAACGUGGAGACACCUACUCUGGAGAAAGGCCGAAGCCUUCUUGGGGGAAAGACAACAGCCCUGACCCCCUGUCCUCCUGGGGGGAGUUGCUGAGGCGCAAGUACCGGCCCCCUCAGGGCUGUUCAGGUGUAAAUGACUGUGCCCGACAGGAGGGCCUGGCCUUCUUUGGCGCGGAGCUAGCCCCUGUGCAGCAACAGGAGCUGGCCUCCGUGCUGAGAACGUACUUGGCGAGGCUGCCCUGGGCUGGGCCACUGACCAAAGAGCUGCCCCUCUCACCUGCUUACUUUGGAGAAGAUGGCAUCUUCAGGCAUGACCGUCUUCGCUUCCGGGACUUUGUGGAUGCCCUGGAGGACAGCCUAGAGGAGGCAGCAUUGAAGGAGAUGGGCGAUGACGAUGAAGUGGAUGACUUUGAGGAUUUUGUCUUCAGUCACUUCUUUGGAGACAAGGCACUGCAGAAGAGAUCAAGGAAGAAGGAGAAGCACUCCCAGAACCACAGAGUUGUGGGGCCCAGGGAAGAGCACGGCCGUCAUCCCCGCCACUUUCACCGUGGCUAAGCCCUGCCCCUGCUCUAACAAAUGGCCUUGGCACAUACCCAACUCAAGAUCCCUGGAAUUAUGUGACCCUAGAAGCUGUGCUCCCACCGUCCAUCGGGUCCCUCUUGGCUCUUUAGUGUCCUUGAAUGUGCUUCACAGAAGAGAGCAAAGCACUUGGCCCUGAGCUGGUACCACUUUCCCUGCAAAAAGGCCAUAGUUGGUUCUGCCAGAGUGUCUUUGCAUGCAAAAACAUACAGAAGCUAAAGGCCCUGGGUACUGAAUGUGUAGGGCCUGCUGGGGAGCCUGCUGAUUCUGAAGCCAGAGAGCCGGUCUCCUCCUCUGUGGGUGCCCCCAGGACCACAGCAGAGCCUGCAGCCCUGCACUGAAGCUGCUGGUUGGAGACAUAGCUCCAGACUUGCUCUGGGCUUUUGUUAGCUUUGGAGGCAGCUGUCCCCAAACAAGAAGUCCCCUGUCAUCAUGCUUCUCUUGUGGCUUCUGCCUCCCUACCUGAGCUGCCACUUGAGGUGGUCUCCAAGUGCGGAGCCAUUGCCACUCCAGGGGACAGGUGCAAGUGAGACACUGCACUCAGCCUUCCCCUCUGGCCCCAGCUUUCCGUCUUGCAGGCCCUCCCCCGUGCUCACCUCACUUUCCCAAGGAGCCUAGCCUUGAACCCGAUUGUCUCACAGUUGCCCUGACUGAACCCCUGUGGAACCCUGGGCUCCAGGCCAGGCUGGGUGGCCUCAGGCCAGGUCGUCAUGGUCUUCUUAUCCUCGGAAAGAGGACCGAGGGCUGAGAAACAGUAAAUAUAGCACUGAAACAAA